AUGGAUCCCCAGGUUCAGGCGCAGAAGGGACAGGUGGUGACGUUGGCUAACCGCGGAAAGUUGUUGCUGGAGAAGUCGCAAGGAAAGACCGUGUUGGAGCCAAAAAGCGAUUGUGAUGGCAACAUUUUCUGGCAUUUGCUACGAGACCAUGUCGCUGGGAAGAUUGCCAUGGAGCGAACUGAGCAGGACGGCAAGACAUACGUUAAAUUCGGCGAAAUUUUGUUCGAUACAUCUGGCACAGUAACACUGUUUCAAGAGAAGGAUGGCAUAAGGGAGUUGAAUGUGGAGGAUGUCAUAUUUUAUUGCAAUGUUUUGCAUUCACCCACAUAUUUCGCAUAUAUGAAGAAAGUCACGGAAGAGAAAAAAACAGCUUUGCGCCGUGGCGAUGUGUAA